CCUACUGUAAAGGCAUUACUUGAACAAAAUGGGGAGAAGAAAGUCUAAAAGGAAACCGCCUCCGAAGAGAAAGAAUAUUGAACCCCUUGAUCAACAAUUUAAUUGCCCAUUUUGCAACCAUGAAAAGUCGUGUGAAGUUAAAAUGGAUAAAGGCAGAAAUACAGCGAAAAUAACAUGUAGGGUGUGCUUGGAGGAUUUUCAGACAGGAAUUAACUUUCUUUCAGAACCUAUUGAUGUUUACAACGAUUGGGUCGAUGCCUGCGAAACAGCAAAUUAAAUGGAAUUCAUUUUGAGUUAGUUAGAGUUAGUGUAUUUUGGAAUGUAUGGAAACGCACGCCGGAUGCUCUAACGUUACUAUAUAUGGUAAUAAAUGACAGCGAGAGAUUAACCUCAUGUAUUCAAAGUAAAAGAGACUUUAAUAUAUUUAUGUCUUAUUAAAAUAAGCUGGACAAAAAACGCUUGGAAUUGAGCACAACAUGCUGAAAUAUUAACCAAAUUUUGCUUAAAGGGAUCAUAUCUUCAAAAAUGGCGAGCAACUAGAUUGUACUGCGCAAGGAAGACUUGAAGUGCGGCACAAUCGAUGCGUGUUAAGUUCAAUUUAAAUAUUAAAGUUUGUUAUUGCUUACAACAGAUUGGCCUUUAAUAGACGUGCCCGAGCUGUCGUCACAUUGAAAUUAUCAUCUGCGUUUGGGAGCUCCGGGAAAAAUUCAGUUCUAUCGGAUCCCAUUUCAAGAAGUGUAGCACCGAAAAAUGUAAUAGCUCAAUUACUUUAUUGUUUUAGUGUCAUUCAUCAGAAGCUUAGCAAAGCAGACACACUCGUAAAAAAAUUUCGAGUGUGCUAUGAGUGCAUGCACUCAAGUGCCGGCGGCACUCGCUUUCAGUCCCAUUGCAAGUGAAAAAACAGUAAACCGCAGUUAAUAGAAGUAGGCGAAACAUCAGAAUAUACAUAUAUGUACAUAGUACAUUUUGGGAUGCUGGGGGCUUAUAUGAUCGUUUCUAGCCAUUAUUCCGCGACAUUUUAAAAAUAAAAUACUGAAAUUUUCAA